UAAAUUGUAUAUAGACAGUAUAACAAAGUAAAUCAGUCACUAGUUCAAGUCAUUAAAAUCAUGUUAAAAAUAAUUAUUUUUUUAAUUUUAAUUAUCGUUAAGAACUCAAAUGGAAGCGAUUAUGAACCCACCUGUAAUGAGGUUGAAAGUAAAUCAGUCGAUUUACAAUUAAGAAGGCAUUUAUUUUGUGAUUAUGACCCAACUUUACGUCCUAGUUUAAGUGCACACAGUACUCUAGAUGUUAAUGUUCAUUUUAUUCCUAAAACCGUUGAAUUUGAUGAUAGUUCCACAAACAUUAAUUUUCAUACGUGGCUUAUACUCGAGUGGGAUGACGUACAUCUUCAUUGGAAUCCAGCUGAUUUUGCCGGUAUUAAAAGUCAUCAUGUAAAAACUAAUGAAAUUUGGAUACCUGACUUUACUGUUUUUAAUUCAGGAGAUUUAAGUCUAGAUCAAAGUAGUAUAUCAUUGACUGAUUGUAUUUUAUCAGAAAAUGGCACGAUUCAAUGUGCCAUCCCAAGAGUCUUUACAGCUCAUUGUCCUGCUGAUUUUUCUGAUUGGCCGUACGACAGUCACAAUUGCACUUUACAUUUUGGAACUUGGCAGUAUUUUGGCGAUAAUAUUAAUUAUCAAUUCGAGGAAGACGCGAUUUGGAUGCAUGAAUUUGUUCAAAGCAAUGAGUGGAAUGUAGAAAUAGGCAAAUUGACAAAAUCCUCUGAAUUAUAUGAGACUUCAUUCGAUUCAAUGGUAUUUUUAAAUGUUGAAAUUCAAAGACGUCCAUCCAAAAGCGUUUUACUUUACAUAACACCAGCAAUUGUUCUUAGUAUUCUUACUGUAUUAGCUCUAUGCAUUGAUUUUAGUUCUACAGAACGAAUAACAUUAAUAAGUACUAAUUUUAUAUGUCAUAUUUUUUGUAUUUUCGAUUUACAUUGGUAUUUACCAUCAAAAAAUGCCGUUGGAUCACCAAAAAUACUUAUUUUCUACGAAACAUCUUUGAUAAUUACUGCAUUUACAUUUUUUUUUACGGCUUUCAUGCGGAAAAUUAACGCGCUUACAGUUCCAACACCUCAGUGGAUUUCCUCUACAGUCGAUUUUAUUUAUAAUUGUCCGAUUGGUCAAUAUUUAAAAAUUAAAAGUCUCUGUAAAAAAGAGGGAAAUUUUUCAAAUGAAACUGAUAAUCAAACUGAGCAAUUAGAAAAUAAUAACACUCUGUGGACGGAAUGUGUAAAUCUAUUGGAAUUGUUGGCUCUUGUUUCUAUAAUAAUUACAUAUAUAAUUUUACUUGGACUUCUUACACCAGCUACUCCACGUCAUAUCAUAGAAUUUUAUGUUUUUUAGAAACUUUGUCCAUUACUAAUUGUUAAGUUUUUAAAGAUAUAUAUUUUAAAUCAGGUGUUCGUUAUAACUGAUGACUAUCAUCAAUUUUGUAAUAAAAAUAAUAUAUUUCAUAUCUAUAAAAUAUUUAUUGAAAUUUUCCUUUAAUGUUUGUCAAAAAAUUUUUAAUUUUUAAACUUAUUGUAAGUCUCUAUGACACGAAAUAUAAUAUGAAAUGUUUGUUCUGU